UCUUGAUGACAUAGAUUCAGCAAUGUGUUGGAAAUGGGUGGACUGACCAUUUGGAAACUUGGGUACUGCCCGAGGGCCCUGGGUCAGAAGGGGGCCCCAUGAGAUGCCCCUGGUACCUUUUUCAUAGGCUUUUUUGAGUUUGGGCAAGGACACAGGGGCCCCAUGAUCCCCUAUUGCUCGGGGGCCCCAUGAGUUGUCAGUCCGCCCUGAUGAAAGUAAAAGAAAAUCCAAAAUUCUGGACUAACACCAGAACACAAAUAGAGGAGAAAUCUUCCAAUAGGGAUGCUAGUUCUUGUGGUACUGGAGACAUGCUGGGAUUCCCUCACUUUAGAGGGAUUUCUUCUCACUUCCUGUUUUGGCUAUGGGACAGGGUGAAAGUAAAUUUCCCCUAUAAGACA